ACAAACUCAGCCAGCCACAAGAUAAUCACACAACUUUUCAAGGCCACUAACUCCUCGCCAAGUGUCAGCUCCUCCAGAUCCUAUCCUUCCUUUUGCCUUCUUAGUCCCUUGCUUCCCAUUUACAAUCUUCACUUCCCUCACCAAACAACAAACCAGUACCAUCUGAGUUAAACAUGUUGAAACAAGAGAGCAACUGGGCACAAGCCUGUGACACAUGCCGUUCAGCCGCCUGCACUGUCUACUGCCGAGCUGAUUCCGCCUACUUGUGCACCAGCUGCGAUGCUCAAGUUCAUGCAGCCAAUCGUCUUGCUUCCCGCCACGAACGUGUACGAGUGUGCCAAUCAUGUGAGCGAGCACCGGCUGCCUUUUUCUGCAAGGCAGAUGCUGCUUCCUUAUGCACAGCCUGUGAUUCACAGAUUCACUCAGCAAACCCACUUGCUAGACGCCACCAACGUGUUCCGAUUCUGCCAAUCUCUGGUUCCAUGGCCACUAACCAUUCAAGUGAGACAACGGAACCGGAGAACAUAGUGGUGGUGGGUCAAGAAGAAGAAGAUGAAGCAGAGGCGGCUUCUUGGCUGUUGCCUAGUUCAGUUAAAAACUGUGGUGACAACAACAACAACAACAACAACAACAACAACAACAACAACAACAGCAGUCAGAGCAACAGGUUCUCGGUUGGUGAAGAGUAUCUGGACCUUGUGGAUUACAGUUCUAGUAUGGAUAAGCGAUUCAUAGGUCAAUCCAAUCAGUAUCAACAAGACUACAACGUGCCUCAGAGGAGCUACGUGGCAGAUGGGGUUGUUCCACUUCAAGUUGAUGUAUCAAAGGGUCACAUGCACCACGAGCAACACAACUAUCAGUUUGGUUUCACAAAUGUCUCCUCAGAAGCUUAUGGAAGCUCCAACGGUUCCCCAAUUCAUAUGGUGAGUCUUGUGCCAGAGUCAACAACAACGAGUGACGCAACAGUAUCGCCCAAAGCGGCAACAGAGGAACUGCCUAACGCUCCAGUUCAGAUGCUGAGUCCAAUGGAGAGAAAGGCAAGGGUGAUGAGAUACAGAGAGAAGAAGAAGACGAGGAAGUUUGAGAAGACGAUAAGGUAUGCUUCAAGGAAAGAGUAUGCAGAGAAAAGACCAAGGAUCAAAGGCCGGUUUGCAAAGAGGAAUGAAGUGGAUGCAGACCAAGGUUUGUCGACAAUGGUAAUGUUCGACACAGGAUAUGGAAUUGUUCCUUCAUUCUGAUAAUACAUCCUAUAGCAAGAACUAGAUUUCAUGCUUGUGAAAAAUGCAUUACUGGUUUGUAUUCCUUAGAAGUUAUCACCACUGUAAUGUAUAUAGAGACAUUUUUUGUCUAACUAGUACCAAUUAAUUAUAUAUAUUUAUGUU